AUGGCACCAGCAUCGGACUCUUUCAACCAGACCUCCAACAGAGUCUGUGUAAUGGAUGCAUCAGGCCACGUAGGCACCACCCUCACAGAGCGCCUUCUGCAAAGGGGUUACACAGUCCAUGCUGCCCUUCAGAGCCAUGGUGAAUCGCGGUUGGGUGAGCUUUCGUGUGACAAAAAGAAGCUCAAAGUAUUCAAUUUAGACCCAUUUGACUACCAGAGCAUACUUGAUGCUCUCAAAGGCUGCUCUGGCUUGUUCUAUGCAUUUGAGCCUCCACAAGACCAACCCAACUAUGAUGAAUACAUGGCAGAAGUAGAGGUGAGAGCAGCACACAAUGUGCUAGAAGCAUGUGCAAGAACAGAAACCAUAGACAAGGUUGUGUUCACAUCUUCAGCCACGGCUGUGGUUUGGAGAAACGACCGUAAAUCAAUGACUCUGGAGUUGGAUGAACGACACUGGACUGAUGUCAAUUUCUGUCGCAAUUUCAAGGUAUUAAUUUCCAACUGA